UCGAACCGAAGAGAGUGGAGAAUGCGCGCCUACUUACGCGGCGUCUAUCCGAAACUUUAUUAUAAGUAUUCGCCGCAUACCCAGUCCGGACUUCAGUCUACUAUCUGCAUCGCGGCCGAACGCAUUGUUCGAUCGCGACUGAACUCUAGAUAUUUAGUUCCGGUGUACAGUGAACCGUUGUUGCUUGGCUUCGAACAACACUUUUAGAAACUUCACCGCUGGCGUAGAUAAGCGAAAACUGGUUGAUAUUCGCAGAAGAGAGGAAUCACAAGAGCCAUGAAAAUGAUGAAAAUCGGCUUCGUAGGCGGCGGCAAGAUGGCCCAGGCUCUGGCGAAAGGCUUCAUCAAAGCAGGUCUGACGAAGGGCGAAAUGAUGCUCGCCAGCUGUCUGCCAACGGACAAGACCAGUAUCCAAGAAUUCGAGGCGAUGGGCUCGAAAGCGGUCUUCUCGAACCCCGAGGUAGCCAAUCACAGUGAUGUCCUGGUGCUGUCGGUGAAACCGCAAAUCAUAAAGAAAAUCCUCCCAGAACUAAGGGACAGCAUACAAAAGAAGAAGACGCUUCUUCUGUCCAUAGCCAUGGGCGUAUCGCUCAAAACUUUAGAGAACAGCGUACCUGAGGGAACGCCGAUCGUCAGGGUGAUGCCGAACAUUCCUGUGCUGGCCGGUUGCGGGGCGACGGUCUACGUUCGCGGCAAGCACGCCAGUUCAAAGGACGCAGAGAUCACGAAGAAGCUCUUCUCCGCAGUAGGACUCUGCGAAGAGGUGCCCGAGAGCAUGAUCAACCCCAUCACGGCACUCGCCGCUUCUGGUCCGGCUUACGUGUACAUGAUGAUCGAAGCUCUGGCCGACGGCGGAGUGAAGAUGGGACUCCCGAGAGACCUGGCGUACAGACUGGCCUCGCAGACUGUCCUGGGCGCAGGAACGAUGGUCAAGGAGACGAACAUACAUCCCGGAGUCCUGAAGGACGACGUGUCAUCACCUGCCGGCUCGACGAUAACGGCGAUCCACAGUCUGGAGAAAAACGGCUUCCGAGGAGCCGUGAUCGACGCCGUCGAGGCGGCGACUCUCAGAUGCAAGGAGUUCAGUCCCAACGAUACGGAUAAGUGAAGAUGUAAUGACUGCAAAGAUUAUUAUAUGCAUAAUUAUAUUCGAGAGAGAGAGAGAGAGAGAGAGAGAGAGAGAGAGAGAGAGAAAGAUAAAAACUGAAGGAGGACGACCACAUCGAUCGCGAUCAUGAUUCUGCGAACGGCGACGAAACCUCCUCGUUUGUUUUUUAAGUAGACGAUAAUUUUGUAAUUAUUGUAUCAAGAUCUGCGAAUUUAUUUGUUUGUUUGCUCGGCGCGGAGUACGUAGGCGAGAUUGAGGAUUAUGAUAGUCGAUCUAAUCGUUACACGCGAGUAACGAAUAUAGGUAUGUACAUGUGUGACGCAAUUGGGACUUUUUGUAUACUCGUCUGUGCGUGUAUAUAGUGGACAAUCGUGUAUGUAAUUAAAUUAUAUAAAGUAAAUUAAUUAUGUAAAUAACUUUAGAAAUUUUACCCGAUUUCUAAUGUUCGUGUAAGCGAUCGAACAAUCCUGUAUAUAUCUGUAUAAACUCUAUUUUUAUAUCUCAACACGAAAACAUUAUUCUAUGCCUGAUAAUAUAUGUAAAACCCUCUUUGCAGAAUAAACUUAUUUUCAAAAAUA